CUUAGAAAUUUGGAUUGCAAUUAAAGAUAUCUAUGAGAAUCCUUCUAACCCCCUUACAUGGCCAAAAUUAUUAAUGACUGAUGAGGGACGAUUAACUGAUGGGAAGCGAUCAAAGAUAUUUAAAAGAAUCCUUAAGAAAUAUAUUGAUUAUCUGAAUAAUAGUAAGACUCACCUUAUUGGGAUAUCACCAGCUUGUGUUAUGACUUUAGAAGAAGUUGAAUCAAAGUCUUCUAAAAAACCUAAGCGUGUAAUAGGAAAAUAUGAGGAUAUAAAAUUACAAAAUGGCACAGCAGUUAGAUAUCUAUUAAAAGCAGGUGAGUUAGAAGGAGACCAUAGAUGUAGAGUGACUGAUCCAUAUUGGAGCUUGUGUGUCUUUAAGAUUAAAGAGUCAUUAUUGGAAGAAAUCCACCAUAACCAAUCCUUUAAAUAUGAGGAACUUCAAGUAAUUGAAGAACCUGAUAAGAUUGAAUACCAACCUGAUAAAUUUAUGCAAAAAUAUCAUUAUACUGGAUAUACUGGAUUUGUUCACUUUACUCAAAUUGCCGAUAAUAUGCUAAUAAAAGAUCUAAUAAGCAAGAAAUUUCUAUCACACAGGCUAAACUUUUUGGAUGGAAUGCAACUCGAUGGAUAUAAUGAAGAACUACAACUAGCAUUCAAAUUCCAUGGUCAGCAACACUAUAGUCUUAAUUCAAUGUUUCAUAGGAGAGGCCAUAUAGAUUUGGAUGAACAGAGAAUGCGUGAUCAGAAGAAACAUACUCUAAUCGAAAAAGGGUUCUUGAAAGAGGCGAAGAAUUAA